AUGGCUGCGCUGGUGGCAGGUGUAAAGUAUGGGUUGUCAUCUCAAGAACCUAGUUAUCAGGAUAAAUCUUUAAUUUUUGUUAAACUCACAGACUCAGCAUUUAAAGCAAUAGAAGAGCAUCUUAAAAAUGCGGCCAAGUCCAGCGUCUCGCCGUCCAUCCAGUUCCUAGGCAAUGAAGGGCAUCUGACUAUUCCAUCCAAUGAACUCCCCGGAGGUCAAGCUAGGUUUAACUUCAGCCUCUCCAGCAAUGAAGACACACAGGGGAGCUUCGAGUGCGUCAAGACGACCGGACAACGGUCCUUGGCAGCACUCGGAGCUCUCGCAUGUACAAUGCGUAUUCAGGCAAAGGACGAUGUGUAUGAAGCAACGAGGCACAGGGUAGCGGCAGCCGAGGAGCAAUCAAAGAAAAAUUGCACUCAAGUUAUUAAGCAGUCAGAUCUUGGAAAGAAGAUAAAGCGAUCAACGAAAUGGGAAGAGCAUCGCAAUGAACGAAUAGCAGCAGCCCAGAAUGCUGCCCAGAAUGGACCUGGCGGGCGUCGAGAGUACUCACGCACUCGGCCGCCCGCGUCUGUCCCGCGUGAAAACAACUUACUAGGACUAUCCAAAUCAUCUUCACCGAACAACAGCUACCAGCGCAGCAGCCUCCACAAUAAACCCCAAGUCAACCCUGAUAUUGCAAAACGACCGCUCAAGGAAAAACUGAUUCAUAUGCUUGCCUUACGGCCAUAUAAGAAGCCAGAGUUAUAUGACCGUGCUGUCAGAGAGGGCUACAAAGGAAAUAACAGCCCACAAUUUUGGAUGACAGUCAAUUCUGUGGCAACAUUUAAGACAAAUACGUAUCAACUUAAACGAGAAAUGUGGGCAGAUGUGCAGGAGGAGUGGCCGUUCUAUUCUGAGCAAGACCGCACUCUCUUGAAGAGGAAGAAACCUCAAAAUCUUACUCCUCCUGGGAACAGUGAUGGUGGCAGCUCCGUGAGCAGCGGCCAAUCCCCUACAUCUACUCACCCAGGUUCUCCUCCCUCCAUGAUUUCGGGCAUGAGUAACAAACGUCCUGGCUAUUAUGAAACUGCUGAUGGUUUCCAAACAAAACGGCAGCGAAUCUCCCAUUAUGUUAAACCGUCCGAACCCCCUCAAGGCAAUUCAUCGAGUCUAUUUAGUUCAGGCUUACCCAAUCUGGAUUUGGAUUCCGACUGCCCCACUAGGUCUUCUAACUCUCCAUCUCGUGCUGAGCGAGUGCCAAGGCCAGACCGGACGGAUUGGCCAGAUCGCCCUGAUUGGUCUGAUAGGUUAGACAGACAAGAAAGAGACCAAGGUGAUAGAUCAGAUCGACCUAAUCAAAUUGAUUGGAGUGAAAGAAAUGACUGGAACGAUCGAGGCGACCGUACUGAAAGAAAUGAUCGAGGAUAUCGCUCGGAUCGACCGGAGAGAUUUGACAGAAAUGAACGAAAAGACUGGAAUGAAAGAUCAGAUUAUAACAGAGAAAGGAGACCUUAUGAUUCUUGUGAUCAGGAGAAUAUUCAAUUUCAAUACAAGACAGACAAAAGGAUUAGUGAUAAUAGUGCAAAAGAAAAAUUAUUUGCUCAGAAAAGUGAGUCUGUUAACUCUGACAGUUCACUGCGAAUGGGUGAUUCUAAAGUGAAUGGGCUGACCUCUGCAUCUGAUCGGAGUCGCAGCGCAAACAAUUCAUCAGACAGGGACCGCCUAUCUGCUUCAUCUAUGCUUUCUUCUAAAGACAGACUGUCACCAUUGCCUCGCCCAAGGAAUGUGGCAAGGGAUGGUUUCACUGGCUCAGAUUCUUCUGUCGACUCAAGAACAAAUAGCAAGCAGCCUUCAAGUGGUGAUACACGAAAUUCAUCAAUACCUCGUCGUUCUGGAGAAGAGAAUCAUGAUGGAAGAGAGAGCAGGGACCGUGUUCUGAGCCAGAUGUCUACCAGCCGGGCUCAAAUUGCCCACCAUGACAGUUUAGAUACUAGUCAGUCUUCUGCCCACCCAAGAUUGAGUGCUGGACAGGACCGGCAAAGUAAUGCUAGCCAUAACACAUAUCCAGAGUUCCUUAAAGAAUACACAAAAAUAGAAAGUGGUGAGCAAAGGCGGCAGUACAAAGCAGACUUCAACAAAGAUUAUCGAGAGUAUCAGACACUUCAUCAGAUGGUAGAAAGAGUAUCGCAACACUUUGAACAGUUAGAAAAAAGACUUCGUCAAGAAAAAGAAGGAAGUGAAGCUUAUAAGAGGAUCAAGGAUCAAAUUGUUCAGGAAUAUUUUGCCAACAAAAAAGAUGCAAAACUGAACAAAAGCAAGAUACGGUUUCAGUAUUUGCAUGAGAAGUUAUCCCAUAUCAAGAAGCUAGUGCAAGAGUAUGAUACAUCGAUUCACAAGGGAAAUGCUGACAGCUGACAUUGGGCACAAUGACCUAUAGUGUGGCUCUUUCAAUUCCAGAGAAUCAGUGUAUUUACUUCUUAAGUUUCAGGAUUCUGUAAAGGGUAAAAGCCAUAAAUAGAAUUGCAAGUCAAAGUGAUUUUUGAGUACAAUCUGUUAUUGCUUGGAAACGACUGUAUAUGUUUGCGCACAACCUGCUGUCACCAGUGGAAUGAUUUUGAUGCGGUGCCUGGCCAGUAAUACCCAUGAUACACCUGCCAUCAGUGCUCCCGCCUAGUUCAUAAUUAUUGAUACAUCUGCCAUCAUUUCUGACCAACUGACGUGUGACUGACUUGUUGGAUCUUUAACUGUGCUACUACCAGCUUACCACUUUUGUAUUCCCUCUGACUAGUGAAUUUCUAUUAUUAAAAUGUAAUACCUCAUAACAAAUUGAACUUCUGUCUCUAUCAUAUUAACUUAAAUAUUAUUGUCAACUUUAGUGCAUGUUGUGGUUCCUCUUUCAGUAUCUUGUUUGCCUAUUUAUCUGAAUUAUUGAUAUUGCUGAUGCUCAGAGUUUAUACAAACAUUUCAUCAUCUUCCUCUUUAAGUAGUCUGUUACGUAGAUAUUUUUAAUAGUUUCAUGUGAAAAUUCUGUCUUUGUAAACUUCUCUAUUUCUAUUAUGUAUGAAACCCUGCUGCAUUUUCUGUGCCAUUACUAAGUAAGGUACAGAAGCUAGACUUUAUUAUUGUUAUGAUUUGAACCAUCAGUAAUUUUAAGAUUUUCUCUUCUGGCCACAGUCUUGGUGGAAUUCAAAAGUGGUGGAAUCUAGAUCCUUUUAAUUUAGGAAAUGUUUUGUUUAGAGUAUACUUAAUACUGAUCAUGUUGUGAUAAAAUUUGUUAUGGGAGGCUAGUGCAUUUUGUAAAGUUCAAUUCCAUGACUAAUCUUCUGCUAUAUAUAUGGACAGUCGUCCUGUGUGAUUUCUUUUGGCGAUAUGUACUGAAACUUAGCUCCCUUUGAGCAAUGAAAUGUAAACCCAUGCAGCCGCGCUUUGCUUAUGUCUUUAAGGAAAAUGCCAAACCAAUGUCAAUCCAUUAUUGUGAGGAUGAAUUGCAGAUGUUUUUAACUAUUUACCUCAGAAUAUUUGAAAGUUAAGAAGGGCAAAAUUUUAUUAGAUUGCUUAUGAAACCAGCGUUUUUAAAGAAUAACAUGUUCUGAGGGUGAAUUUUGUGUGACAUUGCGUUUUAACUUCAUGACACGAAGCAUUAUCAAAUUUUUAUUUCGGUGAUGGUUUCAUUAAGGUAUUUAUUUCAUUAUUUGAAUCUGAAAUGUCUGUGUUUCGUAAGCAAUUUCAUCUCUCUUGUUUCUUAUUUAUUUCUCAGUGAUCAAUUGAAAUUAACUGUUUGGCAGUAAUAAUCUUUGAACUCUUAAACUCUUUUAUUUUAUUGUUUUGUAGCUCCAUUCGAAAAUAAUAAAUAUCAUCCUCACAAUAUGUUCAGUAUAAAGUUGUGCUUUCUCAUGUAGUAUUCACCAACAGUUUUCAGUCAUUUAAUUCUUUGAUUGUAAAGAAUCUGGUUACUUUGCCUGCUCAAUGCAUAAUGAACAAAUCGAGUUUUCAGGUUUGGGGCUGUGCGCAUGCAUCCUCAAAUAUCAAUCAUAUGUGAUAGCUUCGUAUGCCCUACGAACAUUCAGUUAGUUAACUUUGCCAUAAACACAUACUUUAUCAGUUUCAUAUACAGUUGCUAAUUGUGUGUGUGUGUGCGUGAUGAUUGAUUUAGGGCUUAUAACUCAAAUUUUUCUGUAUGUUUAUGUUUGUGUUCACAUUAGCUUUUCCAUGUAAUUGAAGGAAUUUUCCAUCUAGAAAAUCCAGCAUUGUGUGUUAUCUCAGGAUAGUCUGUAGGUACUUAAAGUAAUGAAAGACUGCGAGGAAAACUGUUUGCAUUGUCCCAUUUCUGAUACUUACGUAAAUUUGACUGAUUUGUAUUUGCAAAUUCUUUUAUAUAUUAGUGGCACAAUGUAAUUUAUUCUUUUCAGAACAUUUAAUGGCAGCUGUACUCUUUGCUUGGCAAUGUUGCUGGUGCAGUUCUCAAUCUUGAUGGCCCAAAUCGCUCUUAUGGAAUACAUGCAAAUACUAAUUGCAGAGGACCAAAAAAAAAGUGUUUCUAUAUCUUAUCCAAAUAUUGUCUAAACGAAUUACAGACAGUGCUCUAUAUGUUUUGCUGGACGCCCAAAUUGUAAGUAAUUGUACGCUGCACCAUGCUCCUUUUAUUCUGAUAGUAUAGAAAUGCACUCAUCUCUAAUAUUUAUAUCUGACUCUGUUUUGUUUGGCACUCAUGUAUAUAAAUCAUUUGGAGCUAUCACUUGUUAGUUUGUUUUUGAAGGAUUCAGAAUGUUUGAAGAGCUGCAGCAUUCAAAUGACUAAUUUAAAAGUCAUGUGAUUAUUUGGAGCUCUUCAUAGUGAUGAAGUUCUUGGUCAUAGAUGUGGACCAAUAUUGUUGUUGUUGUUAUUGUUAACUUGAAUCCUUGCAAUGUAUGAAUGGCAUUCCUUUCUGUUGUCUGUUUGUGUGUGGUGUUUGCUCAGGAUUUAUAUACUCUGCAUCAAUAUGAGUUACAAGCCAGAUCACAACAGUAUUUGUGCCAAAUUGACGGUCAAAUUAGCUGACUUUGAAAAGGUUUUAAAUUACAUAAAAUUUGCAGUGUGCCUUGGAUGUUACUAGUAUGCUCAGGUCUUUUAUGAUGUCAAUCAUUUUGAACAGGAUGCCUCUUCUUUAUUUUUCUGGUCAGUAUUUUAGGUUUUCUUUGUGUGUGGGGUGCUGCACUGUCUUCCAAUGCAUUGGUGGGCAUCAUAGUCUUCUAUGAAACCCUUCCCACAAAGCGCCUUAUGUCCAGACUCCAUAUAUAUACAAUAUUAAAAACUAGGGAAAGCACUUGACUGUAAAGAUUAGGAAAAGAAAAAAGAUCAUUUUAUAAGUAUUUUUCAUACCAAUGAAGCCUAUUUAUGCAGAUUGUGAUUGUUUUUUUGCAACAGAUCAUCUGUGCAUAAGUAGAUGAAGUAUGCUGGGUUUCUGUCUUUGGUUUGAUGAUAAUUUUGUUGUAUUAAACAUUUCUAAAACUGGAUGUAAAUGACUGAUCAGGUUGCUGUAAGUAUUGGUUGUAACACCUGUGGUGUGCUUGGCUGGCCAUAUCUUGAGAAUCUCAAGCAAAAAGUUAAAAAAAGGGAUCAGUAGCUGUUAAUAUAUAUACAUAUAUAUGGCAGCUAAUUAUUGUCACGUAUAUUUUUUUAAGGGCCUAGUCUUUACGACAUAGUUUAAUUUCAAGGCUGCUGGCAACGACCUGCACUUCCAAUACCUGUAUAAGCGUAUGCUGGGUCAUAAGAUAUUGACCAAGAAAUAUUACAGUAUUUUGUUGGGAAAGUUGUAGGGGCAUAAAAUAAAAUUGGUAGCUUUUAGCAAAGCCUAGCAGUAAUUAAAUCCUCAAAUUUUUGUAGUAUCUGAUGUCUCUUGUUAGGAAAAGAAUCAAAACUGACUUUCAAAAAUCCUUCUAAUUCAAGCAUUAGCAGUUGUCUGCAAUCUGGUAGGCUCAAAGACUAUGACCUCCAAUGAUGGUACUAAUUAGGGCUCAUUGAAGACUCCACUUGAGACUGCUGUCGUACUUCCUAAAUACUCUAAGUACAUGGUACUUAAUGCCCCCAGGAAGCUAUAAGUAAUCUAAGAUGAGAAGAAUGAACAUACUCACCCCAUUGACAAAAUUGAUUGUUUUGUUGUUAUUUUUUAGACGUUCCUUUUGUUGGCCACUCCUUUAAAAACAUUUUGUAGCAAUAUUUAUGUAAUUAGUAGUUUCCACAUUCCGUUUUGCAAAUUUUUAAAAAAUAUUUCCCCUUUGGAUUGUGACAUUUUGUUUAUAUUUGAAAUUUUUGAAGUGCAAUUGUGCAACAAGCAUCACAAAUAUUUUGUUAUCCAAUUUUGACCUUUAGGAUUGUUCAUCACUGCUUAAUGUUUUUAUUCCCCUUGAAAGAAAUUUUGAUCUUGGAGCCUUUGUCCCAAGCGGUUUCAUUCUCUUUGAGCUCCCCCUUAUAUUUCUAGUUGCUUACUAAGGUUGUGAUAAAGUACUGAUGAUUAGCUCACAGCAAAUCGGUAAUACUUACCAGUUUUAAUGGUAAAUGGUGAAUUUGGUGUCUUUCCUCCUCUUGGCAUAAUUCUUAGUUUAUUGAAAGGCGUUCGUGUUGACAGUUUUUUUAAGGAUUUAUUAUGUUGCUAAAAGUGUAAAUUUUGAAAUGUUUUGAACUUUUCCCUGUCUCCCUUUUGAUGAAGUGAACUCUAGUCUGUUAUGCUCUGGUUUAGUGAGACAUGUGUCCAAUCCAGUUAGUGCUUCCUCCAUUUUCAUGUACUAAUGCCCCGCACUGUACUGCAAUUGCGCAUUGUGACUGUUACAUUGUAAUUCCAGGGACUGUGACUGUGAUGGCUCCACACAUCUGACUUCCCUUUCAAUAUUUGGAGUCUGCUGCCAUGAUUGCCAAAAGAAUGAAUGAAUGGAAGUUGUGGAUAAAGCGUACUACAGCAUUGUCAAUUUAACUUGGUUGUGGACUUGUGGUUUUUUUUUUCUUUUUUUUAAUCUUAUUAGGAAGGUACGUAAUAGCAACUUUGCUUUAAAAGCAUUAAGCCUUACAUAUCUUCUCCUGAUUGUUUGAAGUGAUUUAUGUUCCCUUAAAUGACAUUUAGAAGGGGUGAGAAAAUCUCUCUAAAUAUAUGGUAUAUGAUAUAUAUGAAAAAAAAAUACAAAAACAAAUAAAAAUACAAGGCUUCAAUCGGCAAUGGUUGUGUCCCGGGCCGGAAACUUAAUAACAGACAACUGCUAUGGAUCAUUGACCAAGGCUGGUUCAGAGACAGGUAAAAGAGUCCUGUUUGUGUUGCAGCAACACUCGCUGUUCUCCAGGAAACUUUUGCCUGUACCUGUGCAUGAAGUUGAUCAUAUAUAAAUUACCACUUAUCAUCAUUUGCUAUUAAUUAUUAUUAUUACUAUUAUAAUUAUUAUUACUGUUAAAUAAAUGCUUUUUUUUUUGUUCAAUAAUUUCUGCUUUCCUGAUGUCUGCGAAACAAAAUGUAUAAAAAAAAUAAAUGGUACAUUGUAAACGUAAGUUAAUAAAUGCAUGAAUAAGUCCAGGGUAAGUGUGAUGACAAGGCAUAUUUGCUUUGGACAUGAAUUAAUUCUGCAAUGUUACGGAUUUUUUCUUGCCUUAUGAAUGAGUGUGAGUGUGUUUCCGUACAUGUGAGCAGCAAGCACAUGACCUGUAUUUGCUGCGAUAUGUUAAAGCUCAAUAAGUUAGUAUAGAUCAGUUCAGGUCAUGUCAUUUGUUUCUUGUUGCAAAUUUGUUUUUCUUUUAAAUAAUUGUGUAAGGUUUGACUGAGCAUAUCAUUCUGUUAAAUUUUUUGUUGUUUAUUGUGUAAAUGGUUUGGUUCUACAUGUUCAAAUUUCUCUCUUGUGCAUGUUCUUUUCCUUUAAAAGGUAUGUGUUAGACAUGAUACAAAAGAUAUUAGUAAAUAUCAGUUCACAUUCAAAAGAGAGAGAGACUAUUUCUUGAUUCUGAGGGAUGUCUGCAUGUGCUUAGUGCAUGUUCAUGGGGCAAUGCUGUGUGAAACUCAGAAAUGUUACCAUGCAGGAACCCUUCUUUUCCUUUCUUGUUAUGCAAGAGACAUUUUUGUGUAUUAGCUAGCUUGAAGGGCUUCCUGCUUUCAAAUUAUUUCCAAUUACAUUUUACUUCUGUUUAACUAAAAAUUUGCUAGACAAAAUGCUAAGUCAAAUGUCUUUCCACAAAUUAGUGAUGACAGCAGAUACGUUGAUGGCUCGGAUAUAUUGUACAAGAAACAGAGCAAAAUAAAUGAUGGAUUGAAAUGGAUUUAUUACAUGAAA